UUUGGUGAAGACUGGCAGCUGAGCCAAUUCUGGUACACAGAUCCCUUCGCCAACCACCUCGCUCGCGCCCUUCAUACCCUCUGCACCCCGAAAACAACCAUAGCAUUCCUCUGCUGCCCAACAGGCUUCGUCGCAUUCCAACAUUUAAACCCACUCCCAGGUGCCCAUCUCUUGGAGUACGAUCAACGCUUUGCGGUCGUCUCGCCAAAGCAGUAUACCCCAUAUGACCUCGACGAGCCAGACGUCUUUCCUGAAGCGUUGAGGGGUAAAGUAGACAUGGCGGUCGUAGACCCACCAUUUCUGAACGAGGUAACCAAUACCAAAAUCGCUCAAACUCUACGUCAAAUUCUACAUCCAACCCGCGGAAAACUCCUCCUUAUAACGUCAACCUCCAUUGAAGAAACCUUGCACAAAAUCUACGACAGUUCCCCAGUCGGACCUCUGCGAAAGACCACGAUGGUCGUGGAGCACCGCCAACUAUCCAAUGACUUUGCUGCGUGGGGCUCUUGGGAG